UGGACAAACUAUGUAACCAAAUAGAGGGCUGCGCUCAAGAUAAUAAAUAUUAGAAUAAAAGAAGCGCUUUUAUUUCCCAUAUGACAAAAUGUCGGUGGCAUUUUCAUCGGCGCGCCCCAGGAGUAAAGGGGAGGUGACACAGCAAACGAUUCAAAAGAUGCUGGAUGAAAAUCAUCAUUUAAUACAAUGUAUAAUGGAUUACCAAAGCAAAGGCAAGACAGCUGAAUGCACACAGUAUCAGCAGAUCCUGCACAGAAAUCUUGUUUACUUGGCCACAAUAGCAGACUCGAAUCAGAACAUGCAGUCACUACUACCUGCACCUCCUAAUCCCAACAUGUCCAUGGGUCCCGGAGGGAUGGGCCAGAGUGGGGGACACGCUCCAAGCAACCUCAAUGACAACAUAGCACCAGGACUGCCCCCCACAUCAAUGAUGCAGAGCCAAAUGAGCAAUGGCCCCAGCCAUGCCCCCAUGCAGCAGCAGUCUGGUCAGGUGCAGUCGGCUAUUCCCUCCGCAUCCCUCAGCCUGCCAGCCAGCAGCUACGGUAGCUCAGCCUCAGCCUCCGGCUACAGCCACGCUGCACCCUCCUCCCAGGGCAGCAUGAUCCAGGGCCCUGGGCCUGGCUAUGGCUCUUCCUCCUCUUCUUCCUCCACUUCCUCCUCUUCCUCCUCCUCCUCCCGCAGCAACCUCAACAUGCAGUCUAACCAAGUCACCAUGAUGCACCAACAGUCUGCCACUCCACACUACUCCUCAGCCCAGGCUGGGGGCCAACAUUAUCAGGGACAGCAGGCCAUGGGCAUGAUGGGUCAGGGCAGUCAAGGAAACAGUAUGAUGUCUCAGAGGCCCAUGGGAUCCUACCGCUCCUCACAGCAAGGAUCUGCACAGCAGUACAUGGGACAAGACGAGUUCUACGGAGAGCAGUAUGGACACACUCAGAGCUCCAGCGAGCCCAUAAACCAGCAAUAUUACCCUGAUGGUCAUGGGGAGUACUCAUAUCAACAGUCUUCAUAUAGUGAGCAAGGCUACGACAGGUCCUUUGAUGAAUCUUCACAGCAUUACUAUGAAGGAGGUAACUCUCAGUACAGUCAACAGCAGGCCCAGUAUCAGCAGGGCUCUGGCCAGCAGCAGCCCUUCAGCCAGCAGCAGUACUCCUCUCAACAAGGCUACAGUGGACAGCCACAGGGAUACGGUCCUGGCCAGGGUGGAUCCUCCCAGUACUCUCAGUAUCAGCAGGGUCAAAGCCAACAGUAUGGCUCCUACCGCUCCUCCCAGGGAGGCCCUGGAGCACCGACACAGAGGCCCUAUGCCUAUGAACAGGGUCAGUAUGGGAAUUAUCAGCAAUAAGAUACCACAUUGUUUUCCUGUCCUGGAAGAAAAUGAAAAAAGGAACGGUUUAACAGUGACGCAUUGGCUCAGCUGUGGAUUAGAAGAUCUGGCUUCAUCAGAUUCAUUAUCCUCUCAUUAAUCAUCAUUGUAUCUAAAAAUAGAUAAUCUAGUCAAAUGUGAUGCUUUCCUCAUCUGUUUUGCUUGCUACAGGGGGUGAAGUGCUACUGGCCACCCUACGAAAAGUCAGGGUGCUUUUAGAAUCAAGACAGUUAAUGUAAACCUUCCAUUUGGAUUAAAUAGGAUACUAAAAAGGAGCAGUAAAGUCAUCAGAUGAGCCUAAGCAAAUUGGCUGUAUCCUUCCCUGUCUUUGUUUUUCACUUGUCUUUAUCCAGUCCCCUGCUUUUAAUGUUUAUUAUAAUUUACAAGCCUCUUUUAUUAUUAUUAUUUUUUGGUGCACAGAGCAGGUCCGUGGUUUGGCUAUAAAAAGUAAAUUAGCCUUGAAGGAAAUGUUUCUUGAUAUGUAUCUAAUAGACUAGGUCCUGCUCUUGCUUUAAUUCCUAGUAGAGACAUCUCACGAUAAGGGAAAUUCAUUUUAUGAAGGUGAAAACGUUGGUCCUUAAACCUGACUUGAUCAAGGGGUUUGUCUGUGUUAGUCAAACUGUGAUGUGUUGCUGUGUUGUCUAACAUUAUGUGUUUUCACUCUCUUCAUAUAGCUUACAGACACAAUAGAUAGCUGACUGAUCCAGACUUAAAAGUGUGUAUCAUUGUCCAUGAUAAUCAUACAUCGUGGUAGUAUUUUUGACACUUUAUUUUCAGUGGCAUUGCUCUGCACAGACAUAUCGUUAUUGUGCAGAGUUACAGUAAGAGGGGUUACACUACUCUGAUGCCAUUCAGUAAUGAUUUUACAUAAAAAACACAUCGCCACUUUGUCUGCACUUUAUUUUGCAGUGACAGUGUAUGUAUUGUCUGAUAUUUUGUAUUGUAGUGCAAUUCAGGCUGUUUUUAACAAUUGAUCCUCAAAAAGCCAAAGUAACACAGGAACAGAACAGUAACGUCUCCUGCACCUCUACUUCAAUAAGUGCAAUAUACUCAGUCGGUCAUGUUGAGGUUGGUUCAUAUGGUGAAUUCGCACUGUAUAUCAUUUGUAGUUUCUUGACAUACAAGAAUGGCAAAGGAUGACUAGGGCUGGUUUGUUUAAUGUUAUUAAAUGUUAUGUUGCAGGUUUCAACUGACAUGUCAUCUUUAAGAAAAUGAUUUUCUGUAUUUAUGUAACUUAUGGACAGAUAAUGUGAAGUCUUUCAUCACAAACAUAAAUCUUACUACUUCAGUGUUCUUUUUUCAGUGAAAACUUUUAUCAUCAUCUUUUGUAUUAGAUGAAGAAAAUAAUGUUAAAAAUAAGACAAGUGUUAAAAGGGUAUAGAAGGUAAAUUUUUAGAUAAUUGUACUUGUCGUAAAAGCACACUUGCCUUAUUUUACAUAUCUAUCAAUCUAUAAGAACGGGCAUAUAUUAUGUUAUUUAUUUAUUUAAAAGAAGUCAGACGACACCUCUGGUCAUUACUCUGAUCGCUGUUUUUUACAGUUUGAACAGUAAUAAGGAUUAUUAGUGUGACUGUGAGGGUGCAGCUUUGCAGUAUAUUCCAUAGUAACUUAACUUAUCUCAGAGGGGUAGAAUAACACAAUAGCUGCAGUCAUUUUGCAGGGUUAAUCAAGAAUGGGAGAUACCUGGCUGUCAAACAGCUAAAUAACUAAGUACCACUCAACAGUGACAAUCACAAGCUUCUCUAUACUUCAUUGAAUUCGUACCAGUGUUUUGUUUUGAUGUGAACUGAACAUGUAUGUAAGUCUUUUCCAAUUCAAUGUAGUGUGUCCACACUGAUGUGGGUGGUAUGCCUUGUUUGUGUGUGUGUGUGUAUGUGUGGUGUUUACAUGUAUGUGAGAGAGAGAGACAGACAGUGAGUGAGAGAGUCAAGUUUGGUGUGCAUAAUCCAAAUAUGAAUGUUAUCUACUUAUCUAUUGUAAGACUGCAUUGCCUGAUCUUUUCUGCUGUCUUUUGUUACUGUUUGUUAUAUAAAAAUAAACUGACAUUCACCUUU